CCCCCACUAACUCUACCUCUUCUUACAUUCCACAAAUACAUUUACCGUUCGCUCAGCGCGACGCCCGUUAUAUCCAUCCGACUUGAUCCGGCUGACUGAAACUGUAUGCCCUGUUUGGUUAAAGAUGGCAUCGUUGGGAACAUGUGCGACGUCGGACUGCGGCAAAGAGGCCAAACUGCAGUGCCCAACGUGCAUGAAACUGGGCAUUCAGGGCUCGUUCUUCUGUUCGCAGGAAUGCUUCAAGGCAAACUGGCGCACUCACAAAGUCAUUCAUUCAUUAGCUAAGGGUGAAGGCAUUGAUGGGGGCAAAAAGGAAGACGGUGGUUUCAAUCCAUGGCCAUCAUUUACAUAUACUGGAAAGCUUAGACCUUAUCCAAUGUCUGACAAGCGAACAGUGCCUUCAGGCAUCAUGAGGCCUGAUUAUGCUGACCAUCCAAGUGGUUAUCCUUUAUCUGAACAGGCUGUGAAAGGUUCUAGUCAAAUUAAGGUGCUUGAUGAUGAAGAAAUUGAAGGAAUGAAAGUUGCUUGUAAAUUAGGCAGAGAAGUACUGGAUGUUGCUGCAAGUGUGUGUGAUGUGGGUGUUACAACAGAUGAAAUUGACAGAGCUGUACAUGAAGCUUGUAUUGAAAAGGAGUGUUAUCCAUCUCCUUUAAAUUAUUACGAAUUUCCGAAAUCAUGUUGUACAUCUGUCAAUGAAGUGAUUUGUCAUGGAAUACCAGAUAUGAGACCAUUGCAAGAUGGAGAUCUAUGCAAUGUGGAUAUUACUGUGUAUCACCGUGGUUUUCACGGAGAUCUGAAUGAGACAUUCUUUGUCGGUAACGUCGAACAAAAACACAAAGAUCUCGUGCGUGUCACUCAUGAGUGUCUGAUGAAAGCGAUUGAUAUUGUAAAACCCGGCGAGAAAUAUCGCGAGAUUGGUAAUGUCAUCCAGAAACACGCACAGGCUCACGGUUAUUCAGUUGUGAGGAGUUAUUGUGGGCAUGGAAUUCACAGACUUUUUCACACAGCGCCGAAUGUUCCACAUUAUGCUAAAAAUCGCGCGAUUGGUGUAAUGAAAGCUGGUCAUUCAUUUACAAUUGAGCCGAUGAUAUCAAUGGGCACGUGGAAGGAUGAAUCUUGGCCGGAUAAAUGGACGGCGGUUACUGCUGACGGUCAAUGGUCAGCGCAGUUUGAACAAACGCUUCUCGUCACCGACCAUGGAUGUGAGAUUCUGACAAAGCGUCGUAACGCAACGGGACUACCUCAUUUUAUGGAUAAGCUUUAAAUUUUGAAGGGCCAUGAAAUAAAGUGAAAUCUUUGUUGAAGAGGUGGAUUUGUUAUGUGUGUAGCUAGGAUCUAGGAUAUUUGUAGUAGGUUUGGUAUACAUCUUGGAUUAUUCUGAAUCAUUUACUACUUUUACCAACCAUUUUUGUAUGCGGAAUAAAAGGCUAAAGAAUUUUCAACAAAA